UUGUGAACUGUUAGCUCAGGGAGUCAAUAGAUAAAGCUGCUCUCCUGCAGUCAGUUCAUUCAUCUUGCACAGUGAUUUGGGACCUACUUUUCUUCCAUCAUACCAUGUCAGGAGCAAAGGGAAAAGUUUUACCUUUCCUGCAAGUUUUGCUACUUGCAUUUUCAUCUGCUAAAGCUUUUAUAUUAGGUGAAUCCUGCUGUAUCUUAGAUGCCAGAUUUGGAGAAUUCUGCCCCACAACUUGUGGAGUUGCUGAAUUUUUUCAAACGUAUCAAACAACUGUUGAUGACUCACUUGGGACAAUUGAAAAGGAUUUGCGUGACAUUCAAUAUAAGAAUAGUUUAACAAAAAAUAAGACCGAGACCAUUGAGCAGUCCAAUCUUAUCAUUCAGAAACAAUUGCCAGAUGUAUACAUUCAAAGGACCCGCGAAAUAGAAGCAGAGAUUCUCAGGUUUGAAAGGACCACCGAAGACAGAGAUCAGGAGCUACGAGAUUUGGAACAGCUUUUAGUAUCGAACAAUGAAAUUAUCAUUGAUUUAAAGAGGAUAACCCAACAACUUCAGGACAGGUGCAGUGAGCCAUGCCGUGACACUGUUCAAAUAAAUGAAAUCACAGGGCAAGACUGUCAAGAGAUUGCUGACAAAGGUGCUACAACAAGUGGCCUGUACUACAUCAAACCAGAGAAAGCUCGGCAGCAGUUCCUAGUUUAUUGUGAGAUUGAUGAAUUAGGGAGAGGCUGGACAGUGAUCCAAAGGCGACUUGACGGCAGUGUGAAAUUUAACAGAAACUGGAUUCCAUAUAAGGAAGGGUUUGGAUACUUGUCACCUGGUGGGAACGCAGAGUUCUGGAUUGGGAAUGAGAAAAUACAUUUACUAACUACACAGACCAAUAAACAGCUUGUACUCCAAAUAGACCUGGUGGACUGGUCAGGUCAACGGAGACAUGCUAAAUAUUUGGAUUUUAAAGUGGGAAGUGAGGAGGACAAAUAUCGAUUGCGUUAUGGCAUGUUCCUGGGAGGAGAUGCUGGAGAUGCCUUUGCUGGUUUUGACUUUGGAGAUGAUCCCAGUGAUAGAUUCUAUACAUCACACAACUUUAUGCAGUUUAGCACAAGUGACUUUGAUAAUGAUAAGUAUGAAGGCAACUGUGCUGAACAAGAUCAAAGCGGCUGGUGGAUGAACAAAUGUCAUGCAGGAAAUCUUAAUGGCAUAUAUCACAAAGGUGGCAAUUACACAGCAUCGGACUAUGGGUUUGACAAUGGUAUUAUUUGGGCAACGUGGCACAGUCGCUGGUACUCCCUGAAAGAGACCACAAUGAAAAUCAUCCCAGCAACAAAAUACAAUGAAUUACAAAGGAUGGGACAGAUAGAGCAGUCUGAAUCACGAAGAGGCGAUUACUAAUUAAUUCAAACAAAAUCAUCACCAAUGCAUUCAUAUAAUUUGACUUCCAGUUCAUUAUAUUGUGAAUGUUUUUAAGCUGUAAAAGUUCAAAACAGAAAUGAACUUGCCAUAUGCUAACGCCAAACUGACAGAGACCACAGUAAAGGACCGAUUCCAAUGCAAAACCCUAACUUCGCUCUUUUGAUUACCACAACUCUGUUGUCAUGUGUGUCUAGUGCGAAUGAAGGCAUGAGUUACUUUUAACCCAGAUUCCCUGAAUUGAUAAUUUUGUUUCCUUAGAGGACAUCCUGUACCUGAGAAGCACCAAAUCCUUGAAUCGUUUCCAUUUAUCUUUAUUAGCUGAUUCACCUGCACUUUUCCUAUGUCUAGCAAUUUUGUAAUUUCUUUGGGUGCUUUUAUCAAUAAAGUUACAGUAAAUACUGCGCCACAAAA